CAAACAAUAGUUUACAUAAUUUUCGGUGCUCGUCGUAUCCGUUAAGAAGUGACAUUACUCAGCUGAGCCGAUUAGGAGAUAAAAGUAACUUAUAAUAAUACAAAAUGGGUCUAGUGCGGUUAGUAUAUUCAUUGAAAACCAAGGAGGCUUUGCUGUCACGAUUCGCUGUGAAGAGUACCAUUGCAGGCGGAAUUGUAUAUUAUACCGUACAAGAGGGUUUAUGGUCAAAGCCUGAGGAAAGCACCAAGUUAUAUGGAAAGCUGUACAAUAACGUUGCACCUUACAUCAAGGAUAAUAUCCCUAAGGAAGUAAUCAAUGAUCUUCCUCAAUUAGUUAGUCCUUCGGAUUUAUCAAAUUGUGCAAAAGCCACCUGGAACAAGGGAGUCAUAGUAUCAGUCAAAUAUAUUUCUGAACUUCCUACUCAUGUCUCCAAUGGGGUUAAUGCUCUUUUAGAACAACCAGCUAUGAAAGAAGCUUUAUCAAGUGUUAUUAAUUCAAACAGUGUACAAAGCAAACCUAGCAAAGCCCACUAGAUAAAUAUUUUUGUUACAAAUAUUGUACCUUUGAAUUCGUAGCAAAAUUAUAUCUAGUAUUUAUAUGUAAAUACAUGUCAUUGCUCAUUGUUGCUUAGUUAACUCUGCAGAAGUCAAGUAUACAUAAAGAUAACUAAAAAGUGGUUUGUAAAAAAAUAUUUAUUUACCCAAUGCUCCCUUACUAUUAAGUAAAUCCGUUGGCAUUAAAAUUCGCUUAAACUUA